AUGAUUUCCGGUAUCGCACACAUCAAUCUCACGGUAACGCCCGGCACGCUGGCGCAAGCAGAGGAAUUUUAUGUGAAGACUCUUGGCUUGACAUCGGCACCUGUGCCUGAGCUCCAGAUUGGCACAAUCUGCUGGUUCAACAUCGGCUCCAGCGGGCAGCAGAUUCACAUCACCGACCACAACGCCGAGGAUCCGAAUUCAACCCGGCACCCAUGCUUCAAGAUCAACAGCCGUGAGGAGCUGGAGGCACUCAAGAAAUCUAUUUAUGAUCACCAUGUCCGGGGAGGGCCGGCAGCUCCGCUGACGGCCGAUAAGCCUGGAGAGGUCGAUUCUGGUCAGUCAUUCUCCCCCCGAAAGACCCAGAGUCUGUAUUUUGACUAA